AUGUUCAAUUUAUUCAACUGCGUCCGCCGCGGCCUGUUCUCGAGGCUAGCUUCUCCGCGGUCACGUACAAAAAGCAGUAGCGAGAAGCAGGAGCGCGUCUACACUCUUCCCGACCCGGAUCGUACCUUGCAGCCUUAUCGCACCAUGGCGUCCUCAAACAAGUACAAUAUCUGCCUCGAAAGCGGCGCCCAUGAUCCAAUCCUUGUGGUUGCGUACCUGGACUCGGUAUUGAAGAGCAGCCUUGUCUCAGAAGAGAUAGCCCGUCAAACCAAAGCAAAGUUCGUAGCCUUGCCAGAAUCCAUAAGGCUGGAAGAUGACCACGGACGGCGAUAUGUCUGUGACCGCAAGAUAUACGUUAGCUGGUAUCGCAAUAGCGCAAAAGCAUCCACAUUUGAGGAGAUAUUUUACGUUUUUGCCGCUGUUGACUCGGAAAUCGGUGUUCGCCUUCGGGCGGACAUCAAUGCCCAAGUGCAAGAGGCUCCCAAUCUUUACAUUCUCUCGAAUGCCAAGCUCACUGAAGACGAAAAGAAGGCCCAAGAAGCAUACGAUAAGAAAGAGCGUGCGAAACAAAAAAAGUUGAAAGAGGCACGAAGACUCAAAGGGCAGGAAAGCAACAGAAGUGACGGCGACAAUCGCGGGCAGGAACACAGUGCUGCCACCAGCACCUAG